CUUUGUUAUAACCCAAAAAGCACAGUUUCACUUUCAUUAUCGUCGUGUCUCUGAGUGAGUUACACUUCACUAACAGCUCAACUCACAAGAAGAGAAAAAUGGCUUCAACUAUAAACAACCCUCAUCAUCUACAUUAUAAAGUUAUUCUCCUUGGAAAAUCCGGAUCAGGAAAAAGUGCUUCAGGAAACACUCUACUGGGGGGAAAAAAAUUCAUUUCCAAGAAGGCAUUUAAAUCCGUCACUCAGGAUGUUCAGAUGGAGAGUGUGACCUUUAAUGAAGUGACUCUUGAGGUCUACGACACACCAGGACUCUUUCAUACAGAAACAAGCGAUGAAAAUGUUUUAGGUAAAUGGCAGCGUCUGCUCCAGGAAGAUGAAACAACCUGCACCGUGAUUCUGUUGGUGAUGAAAAUCGACAGAUUUACACGAGAAGAUAAAGAAGCUGUUGAUCUGAUCGAGGAGUUUAUACCAGAAAGACUCGUCCAAAACACGUGGAUCCUCUUCACCAGAGGAGACGAGCUGGAGAGAGAUCUCACUAUACAGCAGUUUAUAGAAGAUACAGAAGAACUGGAGAAACUGGUGCAGAGAUUUCAGAACCAAUAUCAUGUCUUUGAUAACAUCUCGCAAAGUCCAAAUCAAGUCCAGAUGUUAAUUAAGAAGAUAAAAAAGACUGCACGAAUCAUCUCUACAGAGAUAAAUCUACGACCAGACCCUGAAGAAGAUCCUCUGCACAGGAGAAUCAUUCUGGUGGGGAAGACUGGUGUUGGGAAGAGCGCUACAGGAAACACCAUCCUGAGACAGAAGAGAUUCAGAUCUGAGCUCAGUGCAUCCUCAGUAACAUCCCAGUCUGAGAUUCAGUAUGGAGUGGUUUUAGGGAGGAAUGUAUCUGUGAUCGACACACCAGGGUUAUUUGACACAACACAAUCCCAUGAGGAGUUAGCUGAAGAGCUAGGGAGGAGUAUUUAUGAGUCCAGUCCAGGACCUCACGCCUUCCUUUAUGUCCAGCCCAUUAAUAUCAGAUUCACUGAACAGGAGGAAAAUGUUGUAGAGAAAUUAGAGCAGAUUUUUGGAAGAGAGAUGAAAAAAUACACAAUGAUUCUCUUCACCCAUGGAGACUUGUUAAAGGGGAAGUCUGUGGAUCAGAUGAUUCAGGAGAACAGCUCACUCAGGAGACUAGUUGAGCAGUGUGGAGGUGGAUAUCAUGUCUUUAAUAAUGAAAACCUGAGAAACAGAGAGCAGGUCAGGGAGCUACUGCAGAAGAUAGACAGAAUGGUGGAGAGGAAUGGAGGAACCUGUUACUCCAAUGAGAUCUAUGAGGAAGCAGCAAGACUCAGGAGAGAGGAAGAGAGAGGGGGUAACGGUUUUAAAGAGUUUUUCAAAAACAACAUGGAUUUUUUGCUUACUGCUGCUAAAAUUGGAAGUGGAAGUGGAAUUGCAUCUGGAGCUAUAAUUGGAGCUGCAGUGGGUGGUGCUUUUGGAGGUCCUGCAGGUGCAGUCAUUGGUGCAGGGCUUGGUGUAGGGAUUGGUACAGGCAUUGGUGCACUCAUUGGUGCUGCUGCUGCAGGCAUAGGUGUUGGCAUGACUUCGCAUAGAAAUGCAGAACAAAAUAAUCAGAGAAGUGAAAACACAGAUUUAGGUCACAUGUCCUUUGAUGAUGACACUUCAGAGUUAUCAGCCUUAAUCCCUGAAUCUAAUAUCAGGUAUCGGUCAAUCGGUUGGAGAUCCCAAUCUCAGAACUAAACUGGGCAAGUCCCAGUGGCCUUUGUGACACACCAUCUUAGUACAUUUUCAUUGGGGUUUUUUUCUGAAUACGGUGAAUGAGGAUUCUUCAGCUGUUCAGAUCUUUCCAUGAACAUGACUGGUGUUGCCCUGUGAUGACCUGGCGACUUGUCCAGGGUGUACCCCGCCUUUCGCCCGUAGUCAGCUGGGAUAGGCUCCAGCUUGCCUGCGACCCUGUAGAACAGGAUAAAGUGGCUACAGGUAAUGAGAUGAGAUGAGACGACUGGUGUUUAUGAAUCUGACUGAAUCAUGGUGGAUUUCAUUCUUGUUCAGUCUGCACUGAUUGUUUAAAAUUAAAAAGAGGUUAUAAGGUCUAGAAGGUGGAGCCCAUGCAACAAUUACAGUAUGGGGGGAAGUGCUUUAUCUGCUCAAACACCUUCCUCUUUUACCCUCAGUGACCAAUGCAAGGUGGUGGGUGGAUUUUUUUCUUUGUUGUUUUUGGUGAGUUGGUGGAAUCCAUAUAGUGAAACUGUGCCAUAGUGUAUGUAGUAACCAAUCAGCAGUAUAGUGGAUUUAAUACUGAAGAUCAUCACUCUUUCACAAUCUUUUAAGACCUUCUCAGAUCUGAGAUUGUUUUGGUGUUAGUUUGAACAGAAUGUGUUUAGUGAUAAAAACACACUACAGAACAUUGUUGGAACAUCUGUCUGAUUAUUUAGUCCAUGUACUUUUGAAUUUGAGAGAAAUAACAAAUAAUACAAAUAAA